AUGGGGUCCGGGCAGCACCCUGAACGCCGUGGCGAUCCCGGGGGAGCCGCUAAUGCUUCGAGCUCAGACCUGCCCCGCCGGACCUCGGCCUUCGGGGGAGCAGGGGCUGCGGAGAGCAGACCCCCCAGCCUGGCUGCUGCGGGCCUGCCUCACCCGGGGAAGAUGCGCAGCCCCUCGGUCGGAACCGAGGACGUGGCCCGGAGGAGGGUGUCGCCUCCACACGCGGACCUGGUGCGGAGCCUGCGGACGGAAAGGGACAAGCCCAUCAUUCGGAAGCCCAGGUGGGUGACGGAUGUCACCAGCAUGCCACAGUACAACAGACUGAUCCUAGGGACUUGGAGUCAAGGCAUUUUCAUCUGUAAAGGAAAGAACUUGCUGCUGACAGGUGGAAUGGAUCGAAUAAUUAGAGUCUAGGAUCCUUAUCUGCCUGGAAAACCAACAGGUAUGCUGAAAAGCCACACGGCUCCAGUGAUCUGCAUCCAUGUGUCUGCUGAGGAUAACAAAAUAUUUUCCAUGCCCACUGACAACACUAUUAAGAUCUGGGAUCUGGAGACCAAGAGCUGCUUGUUUACCGCCUCCUCCAAAGCCAGCGGUACUCGGGGCCGGCCCGGGGCCUGCCUCUAUCUCCGCCCCAGAGCCCUGUGUGUGGCCUCUGACACCGUCGCCCUCCUGCACCUGAGGCUGAGAUCUCCCCUCAAGCCUCACCCGGUGGUUUCCCACAAGGAGCCCAUGGUGUGCUGCCAGUACAACCCCCCCUUCAAAAGAGUGCUCCAGUGUCUCCAGGCUACUUUUUCCAACUUCCUGAUACAGGUGGUGAAAGUAUGGGACUUUGAAACAGGAAUACUGUUGUCUGAUUUUACUGAGGCUCAUGGCAAUGCUGGAAUCCCUUGUCUGACCUUUGACUCCAGUGGAAGAGGGCUAUUUACUGGGGGCAGAGAUGGCUGUCUGAAAAUAUGGAGCUUCAACGACGGACAUUGUCUUCACACCUUGAAACAUGAUGAAAAGCAAAGUGAAGUCUGUGAUUAUACCUACUUGGAGGUAAGCCAAAAUAGGUGUAUCAUAGCUGUUGGAUGGGAUAGAAGAAUAAAUGUGUACUUUGACACACCAUGUGACUUUCAUCACUUCCGGAAGCCAUAGCCACAUUGGCAGGAUGACUUGAACCACGGGCAAAAGGAGGACAUCCUCUGUGUGGCUCAAUGCCCGCCUCUUCUCCUUGCCACCUCCAGCUACGACGGGGAGAUUAUCAUUUGGAAUGUCAUCUCAGGGCACAUGCACUGCAAGCUGAAUACCCCCAGCCCCUCUGAUGGCGCAGAAGAUAGAGAACGCCCGGACAGAAGCGUUUCCUGCCUCACCUUCCUGAAGUCGAGGGCAGCCAACUUGGAAUCAGCCGCCACUCCCCUAAUGGCCAACGGGCCCCGAGCCCGACCCGGCCCAGCCCUGAAGCUUCAGGCCUGUCAGCACCCAGUGCCCUCGGACGCCUCUGUCCACCCUCCACCCUGGGCGUUCCUCGCUUCUGCUUUCCCUGGUGGGAGCACAGGGCCGCCCCCCCUGGGAGAAGAGGAGGAUCCCACAUCCAGAGACAAAGCCUGGGUCAGCAGCAUGGCGGUGACAACAGGGGACGCCUGCGCCUACGUGUCUGACCAGGACGGCUUUGUACACGUCUACGACAUCGAGGAGUAUGGUCUGCAGGGGCCAGAGCCGCAGCCUCCCAAGAGCAGGUGUGCUCUUUCCUCUGAUUUAGAUGUGAUGUUCUGGCGGGUCCACAUCAGCAUGGUGACAUCUUUGGAGCUGAUAGAAGAAGAAAAGGUUCUGCUGUCAUCCUCCCUGGACCGUACCGUGCACCUGUGGAGCACAGACGGGGAGUACUUCGGGACCUUUGGGCAGGGUAGCCCCUGGGAGAUUUUCACUCCUGUCUCCUGGAGAUACCCUGGAGUGCCCUGGGAAGUUCUGACAGAUCCCCAGAGCCUGCCUGCUCACCCAGCGCUGGAAGGAGAUGCUCCUGUCACGCACACAGGAGAAGAGGAGGAAGACAAAGUGGUGAAGGGCAAGGCCAGUGCUAAGGCUGCCCUUGGAGCAGAGCACGCCUGCCCGGGGGGCACCUGCGCUGGGGGUGCCCAGCAUCACCAGAUCCUCUGGUGCCACAAGGUUGCCCGCGUGUCAGCUCUCAGGGAGAAGCCGCAUUUGUCCAUCCUCGGCGCAGCCCACGACCAGUAUCCUUCCCAGAGGGGCGAGAGGGCGCUGUCCUGGUCAUUCCCCUCCCACGGGGCUGGGGGUCUGCAGGACCAAGGAGAAAGCGUCCCCCCAAAGGCUGCACCCCCUUCUAGACCAUGCGGCAGGUCCCAGGACCUGGAGAUCCUGUGCCCAGGUGGCCACGGGUCCAGGGAGAAGGAGGGCAAGCCAGGGGCUGGGAGCCAGGCGCUGGCUCUCACCACAUUGCCACAUUCACCACCGAUCUACGAGGACGCCAAGAAUUCUACAUCCAAACCGGCCUUCCGGGGCCUCGUGGAGUGGCCAAGGCUCCUCUAG